AUGGUUUUCUCAAAUAAUGAUGAAGGCCUUAUUAACAAAAAGUUACCCAAAGAACUUCUUUUGAGAAUAUUUUCCUUCUUGGAUAUAGUAACUUUGUGCCGAUGUGCACAGAUUUCCAAGGCUUGGAACAUCUUAGCCCUGGAUGGAAGCAACUGGCAAAGAAUAGACCUUUUCAACUUUCAAACAGAUGUAGAGGGUCGAGUGGUGGAAAACAUCUCAAAGCGAUGUGGUGGGUUCCUGAGGAAGCUGAGCUUGCGGGGGUGUAUUGGCGUUGGAGAUUCCUCCUUGAAGACCUUUGCACAGAACUGCCGAAACAUUGAACAUUUAAACCUCAAUGGGUGCACAAAAAUCACUGACAGCACGUGUUACAGCCUUAGCCGAUUCUGUUCCAAGCUGAAGCAUCUGGAUCUGACCUCCUGCGUGUCCAUUACGAACAGCUCCUUAAAGGGGAUCAGCGAGGGCUGCCAGCACCUGGAGUACCUCAACCUGUCGUGGUGCGACCAGAUCACCAAGGACGGCGUGGAGGCGCUGGUGCGCGGCUGCCGCGGCCUGAGGGCCCUGCUGCUGAGGGGCUGCUCGCAGCUGGAAGACGAAGCUCUGAAGCACAUUCAGAAUUACUGCCAUGAGCUCGUGAGCCUCAACCUGCAGUCCUGCUCCCGCGUCUCGGAUGACGGCGUGGUGCAGCUGUGCCGCGGCUGCCCGCGGCUGCAGGCGCUCUGCCUGUCCGGCUGCGGCAGCCUCACCGACGCCUCCCUCACAGCCCUGGCCUUGAACUGCCCCCGACUCCAGAUCCUGGAGGCCGCCCGAUGUUCCCACCUGACUGAUGCAGGCUUUACGCUUCUAGCUCGGAAUUGCCACGACCUGGAGAAAAUGGAUCUUGAAGAAUGCAUCCUGAUAACGGACCGCACGCUCACCCAGCUCUCCAUUCACUGUCCCAAGCUGCAAGCCCUGAGCCUGUCCCACUGCGAGCUCAUCACGGACGACGGCAUCCUGCACCUGAGCAACAGCCCCUGUGGCCACGAGAGGCUGCGGGUGCUGGAGCUGGACAACUGCCUGCUCAUCACCGACGCGGCCCUGGAGCACCUGGAGCACUGCCGCAGCCUGCAGCGCCUGGAGCUCUACGACUGCCAGCAGGUCACCCGAGCCGGCAUCAAGCGCAUGCGGGCGCAGCUCCCUCACGUCAAAGUCCAUGCCUACUUUGCCCCCGUCACCCCGCCGCCGGCCGUGGGAGGCGGCGGGCAGCGGCUCUGCAGGUGCUGUGUCAUCCUCUGA